GAGCCUGUGACGGUCUCACCUGUUCUCUCAGUCCUACUUGAGUCCCAGCGGAGCUGCACGCGCCGUUCGCAGGAGCCGCGCGCGGAUUUUAAUGUUUGAUUGAAGAAAUUAUGAAAGUUUGUUUCUAAAAAGUUUCACAGACAAAAUUUACUUCUGGUUCCUGUUCAGUCUGAGCCGAACCAGGACCCGGAGGAGCGAGAUCAGAGCCAGCAGGAGGACUGAAGACGGGCCAGAAACAGGACCAGGACCAGCACCAAGACCAGGAGCAAACACAGGAUCAGGAUCAGGAUCAGAACCAGGACCAGGACUAGGAUCAGGAGCAUGUCCCGGGCGGAGGAGCGCGAGGAGUCGGACUGUGUGUGUUCGGUUGGGAUGAAGUUAACGUGGGACAUCAACGACCCCAAACUGCCGCAGGACCUGAAGCAGUUUGACCCAUUCCAGGAGUGGACAGACGGUUACGUCCGCUACAUCUACAGCGCCGAAGAUAAGAAUGCUCAGCGGCACCUGUCUGGCUGGGCCAUGAGAAACACCAACAACCACAACUGUCAGAUCCUGAAGAAGUCUUGUUUGGGCGUGGUGGUCUGUUCUCGAGGCUGCACUCUGCUGGACGGAUCCAGACUGCAGCUGCGCCCCGCCAUCUGUGACAAAGCUCGGCAGAAACAACAGAAGAAGCUGUGUCCUUGCUGCAACGCCGCCCUGGAGCUGCUGCCGUGUCGUGGCCACAGUGGGUACCCUGUCACCAACUUCUGGAGAGUGGAUGGAAAAGCCAUCUUCUUCCAGGCUAAGGGGGUCCACGAUCAUCCAAGACCAGAAUCCAAAUCUGAAACUGAGGCCAGGAGAAGUUCAGUAAAGAGACGGGUCAGCUCACCACCAUUCACGCCCAAGAGACGACUCAUUGAGCCUCAGGCACUGGGACCCGCCCUUCUCUGUGUGGAGCCAGCAGACAGAAUCUCCUUCAUUGAACCCAACUUCCCACAGCACUACCCAGCAUUCCAAAGCCCAGAGCCAUACUACAACUCCCAUAAUGCACUAGGAGAGGCCCCGCCCACACUUCAGAAACCAGCCAAUCCCAGGCUUUACAUGAGCCGGCCCAGUUAUGACUUCCAAGGAUACCUGACCUCACCCUCAUAUCCUGUGACCUCUGACUUCUGUGACCCGAGGGUUGCACCCGUCCUGGGUUCCUCAUCAACUCCGUCUUCAUCAUCAGCUCCUCUCUCCUCCUCUUCCUCCUUCGACCAUCAGACAAAAGCCCCUCCAGCUUGGAAGGACCUACUAAAGACUUCAGCCCCCUAUAGUGACAACCACCAUUACUACAGCACCGAGUACCCCUGUCGUUACUCUAGCAACCCUCCAGGGUCACCCACACCACUGCAGACCAUCAUCACCACAACAACCAAGGUGUCCUACCAACCCUGUCCAAAGCCAUCUGCUGCCUUGCCUUCAUACCAGUCUUGUCCCAAAACUCCAGCCGGCCUCCCAUCCUACCAGCCCUGUGCUCCUGCCAAACCCCCGGGCCUUCCUGGCUGUUCCUCUCUGCUGGAUGACACCUCCUCUUCCUCAUACUCCACGGAGGUGAAAGUGACAGAGGAGCCGGGUGGCGUCAUCAAGUCUUUGUCAUUCCAGCCGGAACCUCUGCAGACCAAAACAGAGCGGGCUGAUGGCUAUGAUUACCACUACACAUAUCCAAACACAUACCGCUAUGAUGACUACUGAUGUAGCACAAACUAUGACAUUGUUACUAUGGCAACUAUUGUGAGAACAAGUACUGAUACAGCUGCCACUGUCAAAAAAGAGACUUUAACCACCCACCGACUGCUGAGCGCUGUACAGAACUGGUACACGUGGACCAUUCUGGAUCCAAGUGAACAAGAAGCCUCAAACUUUGGUCUAUGAGAAACUCUCCAGAGAAACUUACCGAGCAAGUCUCCAAAGGAGAAAGCUUCAGCUCUGAAAAUCCUCACUCAGGACAAGAGACAAAACGAACAAAUUCAACGCAGACACAAUGUCUCAUGGAGACCCAGAUUCUGGUGCACCUGGACACACUGGAGCUUUCAGUAACAUCUUAAGGGUUGGUCAGUCCUUGGAGAGUUAAUGGGAGACAAUGUGACAAUCAUUAAAAUUUGCUGUUUGUUUUGUAUCAAGGCCUUGGGUAAUGACUGAUGUUUUAUAGACACCAUCAACAAAACAAUGUUGGGCUCUGCAGCCCUUACCUGCGUCUCUGAGUUCAGUUCUGGAUGAUUAACAGGCCUGAAACUAUGGGGUACAGGGGCUCUUCAAGGGUCCCUAAAACUGAGGCAUGUUGAGAUGUGACUGAAAGCUCCCAUAAAGCCACACACAACUUUGGCUUCUGUGGUAGGACAAACCUUCAGGUUUACUUUUAUGGUCUUCAGAGAUGAAUAGAACCUGAAUGGACUUCAGAGAAAACUGUUUUAAUAAAAAUUAGGUUCAUCUUAGAGACUGAACUUCAUUUCAGAUCUGAGUUAAGAGCUUCUGUAAAGCUGAUGUAAAUGAACACGUGGCAUCAUCAAAUAAUCACCACAACACAAGUGUUCAGAUUAUUUGAUGAACCUACAGCACGAACCAGACCAUCUGUGUUUCUGAGGUGAGGAAAAUGUUGACUGAAGAGAUCUGUGAGAUGAUGUUUGUGUCUUAGUGGCAGUUUCACAUUAAACCAGCUGCUGUUCA